AUGCCCUCUGAAAAAGUCUACCGCUCCGUACCCUACGAGGAGGAAGAGGUCGAGAGCCUCGCCGGGAGCCUCAGCACCGAAAGCACCGACAACGUAGACGCCGCCGCCACAACAAGCCCGACAUGGAAGCGCAUGAGGCUCGGUGACGAGCACCCGUGCAAGGCGAAGGCCCGCCGGUUGCUGCGAUACUGGCCCUGGGCAGCUCAUGCGGCGCUCUUGAUGACGUCCAUCGGCCUCUUUGCCGCCUCGUUCAGCCUGCGCUACGGCAACACCCAAGAUGACACCUUCUUCACCAAAAAGUACUCGUCGUACUCCCCCGCAUCAGGAAUUGUCAAGUACCACACCGAAAGAUACAACCUGACGCCCGUCAUGGACUGGUCACCUUUCGUCGGCUCUGGCUACGAGGUCGACAGAGCAUGGGACCACAUCACCAACAACAUCGGAGACCAGAUGAUCUCUCACGCCGAGCUCGAAAAGCUCGGUCUCGACCCCAAGUCGAUCAAGAUCACGAACCCCAUCACGGGCGAGGAGGGAUAUCGCGCCGGCCUCGAAGUGUUCCACCAGCUCCACUGCCUCAACCUCUUGCGCAUGGCCACCUACCCCGACUACUACUCAAGGCCAGAGGUUGGCGGCGACGUCGCUACCGACUCGGAAGACCUGAGAGGACAUAUCGACCACUGCAUCGAGGCGCUGCGACUGAACCUCAUGUGCCAGUCCGACAUUGGCGUCUUCACCUUCAAGAUGUACCCUGAUCUCCCAGUCGAGGGCCACUGGCCUGACUUUAGCACGCUGCACACCUGCCGCAACUUCGACGACAUCCGGAACUGGGCGCUAACCCAUUCGGUGACGUUUGACGAUGAGGAGUAG